AUGUUUCGCGUUCCUCCGAUCAGAGACUGGAUGAAAACAACGUACGACACUUUACUACCCAUCUGGCAAGAGAUACCCGGUUGGCUCCGUGAAAACGGCUACGAGGACAUUACCAGCCUGAAGUCCAACCCCACAAAAUCCAUGUACGGCGCGAACUUCUUCGACGCUCUAUCUAAAGACCCCAGACGCGAAGCAGACUUCGCUUCAGCAAUGAGCUUACAAGACAACAUUCCCAAAGUUGCAACCGCGCAGUUCCCCUGGAACGAAGCAGCGGCUACGUUCAAUAAGCGCAAAUCCGAUGUGUUCGUGGUCGACGUCGGGGGCGGACAAGGACAGUAUCUCGCCCGCCUGAUCAACGAAUAUCCCGGUAUGCCAGGCCGCAAAAUCGUUCAGGACCUGCCCACCGUCGUUGCUGGGAUAGACAAGUCCAACUCGAAGCUUGAAUCACAAGCCCACGACUUCUUCACGCCACAGCCUGUGAAUGGCGCAAGGUACUACCAUCUCCGCGGUGUCCUACACGACUAG